ACAGCGCAAGUCCGCGGAGCGCCGCCAGCUGACGCAGCAACAGUCGGCGCAGGCUGAGCGGAGCAGCGAGCGCUGUGUAGGAACUGGCUGUAAGUCUCAAGUCCUUCAGUGGUGGUUGUUGUUUUUUAUUUUCCAUUCACAAUGAAGAAAAUAAAAGGGCCCACAUCCUGACGUCCGCGCUUUGGUCAAUGACCCUCCGUCGCGGUGUCUGUGACUGACAUGGACUCUAGUGACUAUAAGGAUGUGAAGCUAUCAGCCGAAGUAGAACCGUUCAUCCCGCAGAAGAAAGGAAUGGAAGGAUCUCAAGUGAGCAUGAGUCUUUCUGGUGAGGCCGGCGGCGGGGGAAGUGGUGGAGGCAGCGGAGGGGUGGAAACCACGCCGAUACCCAGCUACCUCAUCACCUGCUACCCAUUCGUCCAGGAGAACCAACCCAACAGGCAACAUCCCAUGUACAAUGGAGGGGAGCUGCGCUGGCAGCAGCCUAACCCCAGCCCCGGUGGUUCAUACCUGGCCUACCCCAUCUUGUCUUCCCCCCAGCCUCCUGUCUCCAACGACUACGCCUACUACCAGAUCAUGCCGGCUCCGUGCCCACCGGUGAUGGGCUUCUACCAGCCCUUCCCUGGCCCCUACGCUGGGCCCGUGCAAGCCGGAGUGGUCAACCCCGUCUCCGCAGAAGUCGGUGAAAGGCCGCUGCCUUUGGGGCCAGCGUACGGGAUGAACAGUCAGAGGGGUAGAGGCAUGGUGCGACCUAAUGUUCCCCCAAAUGUACAGAAGCAGCAGUUGGGUGUGUGCCAACCUCUAAGGGGUCGCCGACCUCCAACCAGGAGUGUAGCUGUCCAGAAGGAGGUCUGCACUUUGGGGCCUGAUGGUAGAACCAAGACAGUCAUGCUGGUGGAUGCGGCACAGCAGACCGAUUUCCCAGGUGAGGUGUCAGGGAGGUGCGCAGCGGAGCGGGCCAGUCCCCAGCUGUGGAAGAACAAGACAAAGAGAAGACGGGCGUCCCAUCCGGCCGAAAACUACAGCGAGCAAGGCGCCAGUGAGGCGGACAUAGACAGCGACAGCGGCUACUGCAGCCCCAAACACAACCAGGCUGCGGGUGUAACGCAACGAAGCGCCGAAAACACUGCAGCGCCCACAGCAGUAGAGACUGGCGUAAUGACAGCAGGCACCUGGGUAAAUGUGGCCUCUCAGGCGACCCAGUCAUGGGGGGACAGAAACGGGCACUUUCACAGAGCAGACCAGAGGAAGAACUCUGAACAGAGAAACUUCUCCCAGGAGUUCCACACUGGCUAUGCAGGGCGCGGGCCUCCCGGCCUGUCGCACCAACGGCCGCAGCCAGCUGUGGUCUCUGGUACCCAGGUCUCCCCGCACCCCCUCUACUUUGAGGAUGAAGAUGAGUUCCCAGAUCUGGCUAGCGGAGGAGCUGCCCAACGCUGCACCAAAGCAGAAUCUACUUCAGCCCAGACGCACGCGCAACCUAAACUUCCUAAAAACCUGCUGGAUAACCUUCCAGAAAACUCCCCUAUCAACAUUGUGCAGACACCCAUCCCCAUUACCACCUCUGUUCCCAAGAGGGCCAAGAGCCAGAGGAAGAAGGCUAUGGCCGCUGCCCUGGCCACUGCACAAGAGUACUCUGAAAUCAGCAUGGAACAAAAGAAAUUACAAGAAGCAUUCACCAAAGCAGCAGGGAAGAAAAGCAAAACCUCUGUCGAGUUGGACCUGGGAGAUAUGCUGGCCGCUUUGGAGAAACACCAGCAGGCUAUGAAGGCCAGACAGCUCAACAAUACGAAGCCACUGUCAUUUACAGUUGGAACCACCGCUCCGUUCCACGGUUCAGGCUUGGUCAGCCUGCCGUCCGCGUUGAAGGGUCACCAGCAGCCGUACUCCGUCCCACACAAUUCUCUGGAUUCUACCGCGCCUCGUAUCAAGAGGGGGAAGGAGAGAGAGAUCCCCAAAGUAAAACGGCCCACCGCCCUGAAGAAGAUCAUCUUGAAGGAGCGUGAAGGGAAGAAAGGGAAGACUAGUGUGGAACAGGAGUCUUCAGGCCAGGAGGAGCACGCGGAUGAGAGUUUACAUUUUACUGAUGAUCUUGCACGAGAGCCCGCCUCCCAAGAAGAAACCGGUCUGAGCAUGCCCAGCGACGCGUCCCUUUCCCCAGCCAGUCAGAACUCUCCAUACAGCAUCACCCCGGUGUCCCAGGGUUCUCCCGCCAGCUCCGGCAUCGGGAGUCCCAUGGCCUCCAACGCCAUCACCAAGAUCCACAGCCGGCGUUUCAGAGAGUAUUGUAACCAGGUGCUGAGUAAGGAGAUCGACGAGAGCGUCACUAUGCUGUUACAGGAACUGGUUCGCUUCCAGGAGCGGAUCUACCAGAAGGAUCCCACCAAGGCCAAAACCAAACGUCGCCUGGUCAUGGGUCUCCGAGAGGUCACCAAGCACAUGAAGUUGAAUAAGAUUAAGUGUGUCCUCAUAUCUCCCAACUGUGAGAAGAUCCAAGCCAAAGGUGGUUUGGAUGAGGCUCUUUACAAUGUAAUCGCCAUGGCGCGGGAUCAGGAGAUUCCGUUUGUGUUUGCUUUGGGCCGGAAAGCUCUCGGCCGCUGCGUCAACAAACUAGUGCCUGUUAGUGUUGUCGGCAUUUUUAACUACUCUGGAGCUGAGGGUCUCUUCAACCGUCUGGUGUCUCUGACCGAAGAGGCCCGGAAGGCCUACAAGGAUAUGGUGUCGGCUCUGGAGCAGGAGCAGGCCGAGGAGGCUCAAAAGAAUGACAAGAAACUCCCGCACCACAUGGGGCACUCCCGCAACCACUCGGCUGCUUCUGCCAUCUCCUUCUGCUCCAUCUUCUCUGAGCCAAUCUCAGAGGUCAAUGAAAAGGAGUACGAGACCAACUGGAGGAGCAUGGUGGAGAAUUCAGAUGCCCUGGAGCCUGUAGAGUCUGAGCCGAGGCGUCCUGCACCCCCCACAUCAACCCCCAAAGUGGGCGAGGCCGCGGCCGCCACGCCUCCCGCCACGUCAGCCUCCACCGCCACGCCUUCAUCCACUGCUCCCCAGACAGCCAGGACGGCGCCUCCGACACUGACGCAGGGUAACGGGGAGAGGGACGAGGUCCGGGUGGACGACCGGCUGGAGCUGGCGUCUCAGCAGAGCACAGAGACGGGCUCUCUGGACGGGAGCUGCAGGGGCCCGCUGAACUCCUCCAUCACCUCCACCACUUCCACCCUGGUCCCCGGGAUGUUGGCGGAGGAGGAGGAAGAGGAGGACUACACUCCCGAGCCAAUCGCUGUGGAGGUGCCGACCCUCAGCAGCCGCAUUGAAUACUGGGUGUCAAAGACCCUGGAAAACCUGCAGCUGGGAAAGAGCCAGGAGAGCACAGAAGAGGAGGACGAAGACGAGGAGGAGGAAGAGGAGGAGGAAAGAGGGCACAGCGAAGAGGAGGAAGACCUUGAUUCAGCGGAUAUUGCAGAGACGAGGAGCGAGGACAAAGACCAAGUGGAGGUUAAGAAGGUCCAAGGUUGAUGUCUCCUCCUCGUCCCCCUCCUCUGUUGCCACAUACUCAUUCCCUGUGUUGCUCUCACAUCCUCCUUCACAUCAACCAGCAGCUUCUCUCCUUUGUCUCCAGCCCCUUGACACCAGAAAUAAUCUCAGGUAUCCAACCAACUGACCAACACUCACACACAUUACAGAGAAACCGACACACAGCGUCGCACACCAAACGGCAACUAACGCGGUCCCCUCUUCGGCCCAUAACCUGCUACACUUGAAUCCAGAGGGUUCUCUCCUCUGUGACUCUCCUCCUCCUCCGAGGCUGAACUCGUUCCGUCUGCAACGUUUCUGGGAGCAAGUGCUUGAGAUGGGGAACUGCAGCCCGUGGCUCGCAGAGGAGGAAGGUUGGAACC